AUGUUGAUUUUAGUAGAAACAGCAGCAGGGUAUGGAUUAUUUAAAGUUGAGAAUAGUAAAUUAAUUGAAUCAGAUAUAAAGGAUAUUGAAAAAUGUUUUGAAAAUGCCGAAGAAGCAAGAAAAAAUGUCUCUUUAUACAGUUUUAGUAAAUUUAAAAAAUUUCAAAAUGCAUUUGAUGAAACUAACUCAUUAAUGGAAUCGAAAUUGGGAAAAGGAUUAAAAAAAUUUUUAAAAAAAAAUAUAGUAAAACCUAAAUUAAAUGAGUCUUUAGCAUUAUGUGAUAAAGCAUUAGGUGGCAUAAUAAAAAAAAAAUUUAAUAUAAAUGUAACAUAUACAAAUUCAACACAGGAAAUAAUUAGAGGAAUUAAAACCCACAUAUAUGACCUUUUAGUAGGUGUAAAAGAAGAAGAUUCAAAAUUAUUAAAAUUAAGUUUGUCUCAUUCAUUAAAUAGAUUUAAACUAAAAUUUAGCGCAGACAAAGUAGAUGUAAUGAUAGUUCAGGCAGUGGGAUUAUUAGAAGAUCUAGAUAAAGAAAUAAAUGUUUUUUCAAUGAGAUUAAAAGAAUGGUAUGGUUGGCAUUUUCCAGAGUUAGGUAAAAUUAUAACAGAUAACAAAAUAUAUGCCAAAUGUGUAAAAAUUAUAGGAUUUAGAUCUAAUGCAAAAAAUGUGAAUUUAUUAGAGGAAACAACAGAAGAAAUUCAAAAAGAAAUUAAACAGUUAGCAGAAAUUUCAAUGGGAACAGAAAUAGAAGAAGAUGAUUUAAAUUGUAUAAAUGAAUUAGCUGAUAGAUUAUUAGAGUUAACGGAUUAUAGGGAAUCAUUAGCUACAUAUUUAAAAUAUAGAAUGAAUUCUAUUGCACCGAAUUUAACUUAUUUAGUGGGGGAUUUAAUAGGUGCAAAAUUAAUUGCAAGAGCAGGAUCUUUAAUAUCUUUAGCUAAACAUCCUAGUUCUACUUUACAAAUUUUAGGAUCAGAAAAAGCAUUAUUUAGAGCCUUAAAAACGAAAUCAAAAACACCAAAAUAUGGACUUAUAUAUCAUGCAACUAUAGUUGGACAAACAUCCCCAAAAUUAAAAGGAAAAAUAAGUAGAUCCCUAGCAGCAAAAUUAUCCUUAUGCACUAGGGUUGAUGCUCUUGGAAAUUUUUCUGAACCUUCAAUUGCAAUUGCUUGUAAAUCCGAUUUAGAAAAAAGAUUAGAAUAUAUAACAAAUAAUUUACAAAAAAAAGUGAAUCCUUCAGGUUCUAAAUCUCAAUCACAACAAAUUCAACAAAAUAAAUACAACCCAAAUCAAUCAAAUGAUGUACAGAAUAAGAACUUAUUUAAUAAAAAAAAUGAUUUUCGAUUUAAAAGAGAAGCUGACAAAAAUAAUAAAAAAUUUAUUAAAAAGCAAAAGAGGAAGUAA